UAUAUCUUUGCCUUCGCUUCCUCAUUACUCCCACCUCUCUUUCGCAGCCGCGCAGUGCUCUCUCUCCGAGUCUCCUCAGCUUCUUCGAGUGCAGAACUGCUAAUUCUCUGAAAUGGGUCGUGUACGUACCAAGACCGUGAAGAAGUCCUCGCGCCAGGUGAUUGAGAGGUACUACUCUCGGAUGACCUUGGACUUCCACACCAACAAGAAGAUCUUGGAGGAGGUUGCCAUUAUCCCCUCAAAGCGGCUGCGGAACAAGAUUGCUGGAUUCUCUACUCACCUGAUGAAGAGGAUCCAGAAGGGUCCAGUGCGGGGCAUCUCAUUAAAGCUGCAGGAAGAAGAGCGUGAGCGUCGUAUGGACUUUGUGCCUGAUGAGUCUGCUAUUAAGAUUGAUGAAAUUAAGGUUGAUAAGGAAACCAUUGACAUGCUUGCUGCCCUUGGCAUGUCUGACAUUCCUGGGAUUGUUGAAGCUGAACUACAGCCUGUGGUUUCAGCCCAGACAUUUGGCCGUGGUCCCGGUGGGGCUGGUGGAAAUAGGAGGUACUGAGGUAAUUAAGUCUUUGUGGGGUCUUAAGAACCAAUAUUGUAACUCUUUUUGAGUCACUGAAUUCUUUUUGUUUUCAUUUUUAUUGUUUCGUACUAUGGACAAGGUAAACUGGUCUUGUUAGUUGUUCUUAUAAAUGGGUGCUUAGAUGUUUUUGACUUUGGAAGACGUAAACUGGUCUUGUUAGCUUUUCUUAUAAAUGGGUGUUUAGAUGUUUUUGACUU